AUGGGGCCUCCACUACCUCUCUGGGCAACCUGUUCCAGUGUUUUACCACCCUCAUUGUAAUAGAGAACGAUCCCUUCUUCUGAGAAAUUUCUACAUACCUAAAAAUUAUUUAGUGUUUUUAUUAGUAGCUCUGAGGUGAUAAAAUUAUUUCCUGAAAUCUUACUGUUCACGAAACCUUUUCUAUGUAUUUGCACAGCAGAAGAAUCUACGCACAAGAAGGCGGCUGUGUAGGUAGAAGAGAAUGACAGUAUGAAGCAGAAGUUUGUGCUGGGGUGUGAGGGCUGUAUGUGACUAAUACACGUGUGGAGCAAAAGAGCUGGAUAUGGAAAAAUGUCUUUGUGCGUGGAAGGAGACUGAACCGCCGUGUGUGUGAACGCUUCCGUGUAGAAUAACUGCAAUAUUUGUGUUGGGAUCCAGCGUGCGAUAACUGGACAAGAUCUGCCACACCAUUUGUUAAAGCUUUAAUAAUCUGCAUAGCGACUUUAAUAAUCAACAUAGCAAUCUAAUACUGCAUAUAUUCAUCAUGUUUUGUAGCCCAGAAUGAUUCACCCAUUCUGUAUCAUAUCAGACAAAGUAACUGAUGUAAGAUUAAGAAAAUCUAGAACUUGGGAAACUUGAAGCCCAAAGAGUUUUAACUCGCUUAUGUUGUAAACUGUCAGUAUGUUUGAUAGACAGUUUGCCUUGGUAAUUUGUGCUACAGAACGUCUUUUUCAGAAAAAAAGGGAAAAACUCUACGCUUCACUUACAAAUGUUGUGAUUCUUCCACAUCAUAGCAAUCACGAGAGAACCGUACUGUUAACGUUGGGUUUAACAUCCCCUGAUGCCAGCUAAGCAGUCAGACUGUUUAGUGGAUUUGGAAAAUUUCCUGCCUUGUUAAUAGAGUCGUUGGCAAAUGUAAGCGCAGCGCACGCCAGCCUUGAUGACGAUUGAUGUUUACGUCUGUUUGGUACAUCGCUAAACUUAUUUAUAAAUUACAUCUCUCUUUUUUUCUCCCUUUCUAAGAUACUACGCGUACCUUCAGCAAGCUCAAGCUUUUUACACAUUUCCGUUCCAUCAAAUGAUGACUGCAGCGCCUAAUGUGGAAAUCAUGACUGAGCAGCUGACUCUAGAGGGCAUUCCAGAGCCAAACAUUGCUCAGGAGCCUCCAAAAGAAGUUAAAAAAGGAGGAAGGAAAAGAAAAGCCAAAGCAACUGAGCCAAAGCAACCCAAAAAGCCUGCUGCUAAAAAAGAAAAAUCAGCCAAGUCAAAAGGCAAACAAGAAAAGAUCACAGAUACUUUUAAAGUCAAAAGAAAAGUGGACCGUUUUAAUGGCGUGACUGAAGCGGAACUGCUGACCAAGACUCUACCGGAUAUUUUGACCUUUGACUUGGACAUUGUAAUAAUUGGCAUAAACCCUGGCUUGAUGGCAGCUUACAAAGGACAUCAUUACCCUGGACCUGGAAACCAUUUUUGGAAGUGUCUGUUCAUGUCUGGUCUAAGUAACGAACAGCUGAACCAUAUGGAUGACCACACCUUGCCACAUAAAUACGGGAUUGGAUUUACAAACAUGGUUGAAAGGACAACACCUGGAAGCAAAGACCUCUCCAGCAAAGAGUUUCGGGAAGGAGGGCGAAUUCUGAUGCAGAAGUUACAAAAGUAUAAACCUCGUAUAGCAGCUUUCAAUGGAAAAUGUAUUUAUGAAAUUUUUAGUAAAGAAGUUUUUGGAAUAAAAGUUAAGAACUUGGAAUUUGGACUGCAGCCACACAAGGUGCCAGAUACAGAAACUCUCUGCUAUGUUAUGCCAUCAUCCAGUGCACGAUGUGCUCAGUUUCCUCGUGCGCAAGAUAAAGUUCAUUAUUACAUAAAGCUGAAAGACUUAAGGGAUCAACUGAAAGGCAUCGCACCAAACACAGAGGUGCAGGAGGUGCAGUACACGUUUGACUUGCAACUUGCACAAGAGGAUGCCAAAAAGAUGGCUGUCAAAGAAGAAAAAUACGAUCCAGGUUAUGAAGCAGCGUAUGGAGGAGCUUACUGUGAUCGUGCACCGUAUGAAAGUGAACAGUGCAGUUUCUCUUCAAAUGGAACUGCAGUGAGCAAUCCGCAGUACUGUGAGGGGUCGUCCUUCGGCGAGGUGCCCAAUGGACAGUGGAUGACGCAGUCCUUUGCAGACCAGAUUCCAGAGUUCGGCGCUGGUGUGACGCGGGAGGAAGAGGGAAGCAGUGCGUAAGAGCUGUUUCUUCUCGGCCGUGCAUACGUGCUGCAGUUUUAAUGCAGUGGUCAAGAUUGGUACCUCGGUUCUCCAACUGAAGCAUUUUAAUAGUAUUUUAUCUCCCUUAGUUAUUUUAUUAUAGUUCAAAGUAAGUGUGUGGUAGGCUCAAAUCAAUGAACUAGAUCAUUUUAAGGAACUGUCCAAACUUUUUAAAAAAAAGUUAGCCCUUUUUUGUAUAUGAGUUUUAUAUUUAAUGUAUACCAUUUCUUGCAGUUUUUGACAGAUUGCUUUCUCAUCUGUGAAGAUUUCUUUGGGGCGUUAAUUUUAUUCCAUAAAUCAUAAGGUAGCGGUAAGAGCAGCACUGUACUUUUUACCGAUGCCUCAAUAUUUGGAUAUCUCGUAAUCCUUUUAUAUCCAGAGGGGAAAAUGGGAAGCAUACCCUUCUCUUACAUGAAGUGGUGUUUUUAAUCAUGCACAGUUAAGCAAAUUGUGCUUUUUAAGUCUGCCUUUUACUUUCUUAAAAAGUGCAGGAAGUUGUGUUCUGCAGCUGUGAGUACUGAGUAUUUUCUGGGUGGGAAGAGAGCGCUCUGUCUAUUUAGCAAUCGGACCAUAUUCAGGAUUAAGGGAGUGGAGAUGUCAUCUCGAGCCACAACACUGGGGAGGAAAAUUUGUGUCGCACAGGACAGGGCCUAAAUAUUCUAGCUGAGCUGCCUUAGGGUAAGGUGUCCCUACCACUCCUCCAAAUUCCCAUGUAAAGAACUGGAAUUCUUUGUGGGGGGAAAACCAACCAAACAAGGGCGGUUCUUGAAUUCUGUGGCAUUUAAACUCUCAGCCAUUUCUGUGUGAUGAGUCUCUUCACCUGACCUUUACCAGGAGACAGCCCCUUCGAGCAGAUUACAUCGCAGGGAAUUGAAAGACCAUGUUCCCUGUAAAAACCAGGUGCAGCUACGUUGUUUACAUCAGGUACAGUUAGCACUGGGUGAAAGAGGUUUGCGAUUUAGCAGUUUUUAACUCAGAGAACUCAGUUCUCUUCAAUCUGUAAGACCUGAGAGGGUGUUCUCCUCAUUCCUCUUACAAGUAAGAAAUACUAAGUUAAAUACAAGGGCAGCUGUUCCACGAGUAAGGAGUCAGCUGUAGAAACUACAGCCUUCUUCUGAGGAACUCGCUUAAACGAUACACACUUUUGGCCAACACUAGCGACCAAGAAAGAAAUGAGAUUCCAUGCUUGUGCCUAACCGUCAUCUUCUUUCCCUCUUGUAUUACGUGAGGAGGAGAUGAAGUAAAAGCAAUAAGCUGAUCAAAACAUUAAAAGUUUUGAUGAUCUUAUGACAGUAGGUGCUUCAUGUACUUGAAAAACAGAUACUGUUUGUAUCUCCACAAUCCACACUGGUCAGAAGCUCCUGUACCAGUGUGGCUUAUCCUUUCCUCACAGCCAGUGACAGUUGCCGUGCAUUGAGUGUAACUCAUCGGUGUAGAUUCUGAUCCUGCUGUAACAGCUCUUGCUGAGAACACACGCUGUCAACCUGUUGUGAGGGCAGGCAUGAUGUUUACAGUUUUCUUCCCAAAUUGUGUGGCUUAAUUCUGAGCGUCUUAAAUCAAGUAAGUGUGCAUUAUGAUUCUGAUUGUGUUUAUUAGCUUCAGCGUAAAGCUGUUCAGUAUAUUGUCAAAAAGGUAUAGGAUUUGUCUUGUCUGUUAUUUAAAGUGUACUGUAUCAUGUAUUGCUGUUUACAUGGACGUUUUCCUGCAGGUGCUCAAAGUAUCUUGCAUCAGGGAUUUGUUAAAAUUGUUUUAUUUUUCAACAAAACCAGAAGCAUGUCAUUAGCACUGCUGAGUAUGUAGCACAGUAGGAUAUAACUACUGUAAGGCUGUCCUGCUUGAUGGGACAAGGGAAAGGGAAAGGCCUCUUCUUUAAGGGAGUCACCUACUAUAGGGUGUCUAGGUAUAAGAUACAGUUAAGCAUACAAUGACCGUUUCACUAAAUAACUGCAAUUCUAUGUGUAUUCCCUCAGAACUGGUGCUCUUUUCAUUGCAGUAAUGCAAAAGUUCUUAACCUGUCCUAAACCUAUCAAUGUUUCACAAUAAAAUCAGGAAUUGUAUUGCA